GCAUUAAUACAACUUCAACAAAUUUUGACACCUUUCUCUACAGACCAAAAGUGUUUGAUCUCAUUCUUUCUAUUAAGAGUUUUCAAUAUGUGUUCCAUCGAUGUUGCUGCUUCUUCUGUUUCCAGUAAGUACUCUGCUACAGACGUUCUGAAGAAUCGAGUAGGAGUUUACAUGGAGACGACAAAGAAGUUUUUAGGGUUGACAUGUCAGAAAAUUUUGAAAGUGGGUCGAGAUGAUCCACGAAGGGCAAUUCAUUCAGUAAAAGUUGGAUUAUCACUCACUUUGGUUUCUUUGCUAUAUCUUUUAGAGCCUUUGUUCAAUGGGAUCGGGCAGAACGCCAUUUGGGCUGUCAUGACUGUUGUGGUUGUGCUUGAGUUCACUGCAGGGGCAACGUUAUGCAAAGGAUUGAAUAGAGGUCUUGGAACACUGUUGGCAGGAUCAUUGGCUUUCUUAUUCGAGUAUAUCGCUAGAGAAACUGGGAAGGUUUUUUGUGCCAUUUUCAUAGGAGCUUUGGUCUUUUUGAUAGGAGCUAUGAGUACGUAUUUGAGGUUUUUUCCAACAGUAAAAAAAAAUUAUGACUACGGUGUCAUUAUAUUCCUCUUGACAUUUAAUUUAAUUACUAUUUCAAGUUAUCGUGUUGAAGACGUGCUAAAGAUAGCUCGUGAGCGACUCUACACCAUGGCUAUUGGAUCUGGGGUUUGCAUUGUCAUGAGCCUUUUUAUCUUCCCGAACUGGUCAGGAGAAAAUCUUCAUAAUUUUUCGGUAUCUAAAAUUGAAGGUUUGGCAAAAUCAAUUGAAGCUUGUGUCAAUGAAUACUUUAGCGACAGAGAAACAAACGUGGGGAAAGAUAACUCAAUGGAGGAUCCUAUUUACGAGAACUAUAAGGCAGUUCUAGACUCGAAGUCCAUAGACGAAACCCUGGCAUUACAUACGAGUUGGGAGCCACGACACUCAUGGCAUUGUGAUCCAAUCCCCUGGCAACAAUAUGUUAAACUCGGAGCUGUUCUUCGACAUUUUGGAUAUACGGUCGUUGCUCUUCAUGGAUGUUUACGGACUGAAAUCCAGACACCAAAAUCCGUUCGAUUGUUGUUUAAAGAUCCAUGCACUCGCCUAGCAACCGAAGUAUCCAAAGCCCUAAUGGAACUAGCAGAUAGCAUACGAAACCGUCGCCAAUGUUCACCAGAAGUACUCUCCGAUCACCUCCACCAAGCCUUACAAGACCUAGACACAGCCUUAAAAUCACAACCGCGACUCUUUCUUGGGCCGAACGGCCCCAACAACACCGCAAACAUGCUAGCCCUAGUGGCAGAAACAACACGAUUAAAGCCUGAAAAGCAGUUAUCAAGUGUAAAAACCGAAUCAUCAGCAUUAUAUGAGUGGAAAUCAAAAAGAGUUUCCAAGCAGUUGGAAGUGGAGGGGAGGUUCUUGAGGCCGACAUUGAGCAAGAUUGCAAUCACGAGUUUGGAGUUCUCAGAGGCGUUGCCGUUUGCAGCAUUUGCAGCGUUGUUGGUGGAGGCGGUGGCAAAACUUGAUCUUGUGAUUGAAGAAGUGGAGGAAUUAGGAAGGAUUGCUUGCUUUAAAGACUUUGAUGACCAUGUGAUUGUGGACGUGGAUGAGAAAUCUAAAAUGGAGAUUAAUUUGCCUUCUGAUCCUGUCGAAUAGUUUUAAUAGUAAUAAUAAUUAAUUUUUCCUGUUAUGGACUUUGUAUUUGUAAACCAUUUAUUAGAAAUUUGAUAGUUUAAGACUGACUACUUUGUGUUAUUAUUGAUUGUGUACAUGUAUGUCAUUGAAAGCAUUUGAAAAUCAAAAGGA